CAUGUCGACGAGGCGGCCGCGUGCGAGAUCAUGGCGCUCUUCCUCGAGUACGAGGCGCACGCGACGCGCGAGGCGUGCUUCGUCCACGACCUGGACAAGCUGGACAUGGUACUGCAGGCGGACGAGUACGAGGCGGCGCAGGGCUGCGACCUGCAGGAGUUCUUCGACUCUACAAGGGACGUGUUCCGCACGGAUGAUAUGCGCGCAUUGAACGCCGAGUUGCGCCGCCAGCGGGAGCAGCGGCGCGCCGGCGACGGUGGCGCGGCCGGGGAGCCGGCGGCCGCGCCGGGAACCGGCAGCGACUGAACGUCUGUGCGAUGAAGCACUGUUUGUAGCGAGGUUUUACGAAUGGGUGUUAUGACCUGGGAGGCGCGAAGGGACUUGAAUAACCUCGGUUGUUUACGUGACAAGUGUGCUGAAAAGGUCGACGCGUGGAGCGCUGCCAAGGCGUC